AUUUACAGAAAUUCGGGAAACUGUAGAUUCCAAAGUUAUAUUUCUCUCUUUGAGCAGUGUGUACAAGAAAUCGAGGUCAGGCUGUGUCGUCACUGAUCUUGGAAUUGGAAUUUCCUUGACAGUACUACACAAGAAAAUUUUAAAUUUUUGGACUUGUGAAUACAAUGAUCGGCGUAAUAGCACCUUAUCUGUCGAAAUUCCACCGCAGUUACCAAUCAAAUGAUAUCAUCGAUCGACUCAAUUAUCAGUAUACGGCAUUGAUCAUUUCACUCACUGCGUUUACCCUUGCUGCAACACAAUAUGUCGGCAAACCGAUCCAGUGUUGGGUACCUGCGCAGUUUACUGGAGCAUGGGAAAAAUACACGGAAACUUAUUGCUUUAUCAAAGGAAGUUAUUAUAUGCCUUUGGAUAGUGAAAUACCACAUGAAUAUUCGCAAAGGGAUGAGUCGGUUAUUGGAUACUACCAGUGGGUACCCAUCGUUUUGGCACUGCAGGCAUUUCUGUUUUAUUUUCCGUCCAUUGUAUGGCGAACGAUGAAUUCGCGUACAGGUAUCAACGUGAAAGGAAUUCUAAAUUCAGCAGCAAUGGUGAAAAAGAAGUUUGACAAAAGUUCUCGACUUGCACAAGUGCACAUCGCAGCAGACCACUUACGGGAUGCAUUGGAUAUGCAAAGAGAACUCCGAACUGGAUCCCUCGAUUGCUUGCACCUUGGCAAACGAAGUGGAGUUUAUCUGAUUAUCUUAUACCUCUUCACCAAAGCGCUGUAUGUGGCCAAUGUGGUUCUACAGUUCGUCAUUCUGAAUGCAUUCCUCGGACCGCAGUAUAGUCUCUGGGGUGCAGGCAUUCUUUCUGAUAUAUGGCGCGGCAAGGAAUGGAGUGAAUCUGGUCAUUUUCCUCGAGUCACAAUGUGCGACUUUCAUAUUCGUGUGCUGGGCAAUAUUCACCGUUGGACAGUGCAGUGUGUUUUAAUGAUUAAUAUGUUCAACGAGAAAGUAUAUAUUUUCUUAUGGUGGUGGUUUAUACUAGUUGGAACUUUGUCAGUGUUAUCGCUCCUGUAUUACUUUUUUGCCUUGAUGCUUCGAUCGAAUCAGCGGCAAUUUGUAACACGUUAUCUGCGGUGUGCUGGUGCUGUUCCGGAUUUUAGAGAUCCGAAAACAGAAAAGUACCUUCAUGACUUUAUUAGAAAAUUCUUGCGACCGGAUGGUGUUUUCAUUUUGCGACUUAUCGAGACAAAUGGUGGCGAUUUAUUGGUUAGUGAAAUCGUUAAUGUAAUGUUCGGCCGCUACAGAGCUCGUGUGGAAGAGCAGUCCGAAACAAUGGCUGUGACUGAUAGCACACAUUUGAACGGCAGUGAUAAUUUAGUGGAACGAUAAUUUCCUCAUUUAUGGCACUUAGUUUCUUGACUCUUUAUAAUGUUCGAAGGCUGAAUACUGUGAAACUGUUAUAAAACCAAGUAAACAGAAAGAAUUAGAAUGAAAUUAAAUAUAAAAAUAUAAGUAGUUUCAAUUAUCCAGUUAGAAAGAGAAUUCUUUGAUCAGCUACUAAUGGACUUGUAUUAUUUUUAAGACUUGAAGAAUAUUUUUAACGUUAUUUCAUUACAUAACGGCGCAC